UCGUAAGAUUUUUUCACAUAAAGAUAAACCGGGUCAAAUUCGCGCUCAGGGUUUUCAGGGUUGUCAUGUUCUGGCUCAGCAUUGGCAUGAGCGUUGGCGAGUUUGGGUUCAACGUUGGCAUGUUCUGCUCAGUGUUGGCAUAAGCGUUGGCGAGUUCGGGCUCAGGGUUGUCAUGUUCGGGCUCAGUGUUGUCAUGUUCGGGCUCAGUGUUGUCAUGUUCGGGCUUAGUGUUGCAGGAUUAGAUUCCG